UACUAGCCGUAGCAUCGUCGCAGGUUUGGAAUCUAGGUAGCUAGCUAUUUCCUAACACCAUAUUAUUUUCCAGUUACACUGUUUAUGCCGGGAAGACAAUAAUUCUUGCCGCAUCUUCCCCUCCAGGCUCAUGAAUCGUAGAGUAACGUGUCGAUCGCCCUACCCGCCCUUCUCUCUAUAACCUCGUAGAGGCCGCAGCUAAUCCUCUAUCCUUCUAUCGCGUUUCACACCCAAAGCGUGCUUCUAUACGAACGACGUAAUGAUGGAGAGACCACUCAAGAGACCUCGAUUAUCCUUUGCUACCGGCGCAGCUGAUGAGCCAGGUGAUAUAGACCUACAAGAAGCGCGCGCACAAAACGAUGAACGCCUCAAAUCGAUCUUCGAGGGUAUUUUCGAAAAAUACGGCAAAGACUUUACGGACGUGGGGGAUGAGAUUGAUUUACAAACCGGAAAGAUAGUGGUGAAUAACGGACAUAUCCAGGGGAUGGAAGAUGAGAACGAUACUGGCGCAAAGGGUCGUUGGCUGUUUGACACGGAAGAAUCCGCACUGGAUGAUGCAGCUACGGUGCACAAUAUCUCUCAAUAUUCGGAAACAGGGGCUUGUGGUAACCUUCUGCAAGAUGAUAACGCCUAUCCUAAACACCCACAAUCAGCAACGCAGACUCAAGCCGGGCCAGACCUCAAUGGACCUUGGAAGAGCAGAGAAAGUGAGGCGUCGAUCGCCGAGUCAGAUAUCGACGACGAUAGGUCGAGUGUGGAUUCUUUGUUGGAUACAGCACUAAGUGUCCAGCACGGCCCGGACGAUCCCGUUCGGCGAAAAAGCCUGAUGGAUACAGACGAGCCCGUCACGGAAAAAGCAAAGCCUACGGCUGAGACAUCCACCCAAUCCCAAAUCCUGCAGAAACACAGCUCUAUUGAGGCAGUGGAUUCAGUGUGGCGCGUCCCUGAAAUAAAUGGCAAAUUCUCUACGCCUCCAUUGAGCAGAUCACGACCAACGGUUCCUUUCAAUGUCGUACGGUCCGCAUCUCCCCCCGGAGCAGGCUCUAUCUGGGCACUACCCGGGAAGUCCAGGCGUAAUACCGACGUUGCGAAAAGGAGAUCCGCAGAGAAAUGUGAAAUCAACGAGCGCAAGUGGAAGCCUCAAUCUAGUCCAAUUACGUGCGACUGGUCUUUCGCACAGACACCGGAUGGAAAUGAAUCCGACGACCCCUUACAAGAAAACUAUCAGCCGUCACCUACGCCGAAAGGGGGCCUAAAAAUUAGAGGGAAACGAGUCGGACCGGAUAGUCCGGGUCCUAGGAAGGACUUAGUUGAUGAUUGCAGGGUGUCUCCUUUGCGAGACGAUCAUGUCUCUCGACUCCGCCAGACUUCACUCAACUCCGCGGAAGAUCAGCGCAACAAUUCGGAAGCAAUGAAUCAACCAGAAACUACCUUUAACAAUGUGGCUUUGGAUACGCAUCUUGUAACCAAGAGCGAUACUAAAAUUCAUGCUAUCUCACCUGAAGUUACACUGGACCCAAAAAUUACACCGAUUGGGGGUCAAUCCAAAUCCCAUGAUUCUACUAGCCCAAGCAAGCGUACCAGAACGACUAUUACACCAGAUGAAGCGAGGCUGAUUGUAUUUUUGAGACAAGUACAGAGGAAAAAAUGGAAGGAGAUUACAGACCAUUUACCGUGGAAAAAGCUGGCGCAACUUGUCCAAUGGAAUCACUUACACUGGCAUGAGCGCCGGGCGAACCCACCUCCACUGUCCAAGCCUUGGUCGAGUACGGAGCGAGAGACUCUCCAUGACCUCAAGGACCAACGCGGUCUUACAUGGCAUGCAGUCCGCGCAAGGUUGCCUGGGCGAUGUAUCGCGGAGAUCGAAUUUGAGCUUUUGAGACUCUGGGUGGGUGAUGAUGUUUGGAACACCGAACAACAGGAUGGGACUGCGGCAUCUUUCGGCAUGAAUUAGCGAUUAGAUGGACCUGAGGACCACUUUUCCGAGCCACAACACAGCUUAUCAACAGGAGCGGCGAGGAUCCGGGCCACAAGAUCCGUCAGGCUGCUCCACAACACCCUUCUUAGGAAGUCACUCAUUAAAUAGUAUAAAGGCGAAUGAGUCGACUCGGAUAGUUUUUUUUUGCAGUCUCGACCGUCGUGGGGCAAGCCAAACUGCAGCUGAAACCCAGCAAGUGAAGCAUGCUAGCGGCUGCCCUGCAUAAGACCGAAUAUUACCGGCCACAGAAGGUCAGAAAAAUCCCC